UCAGCACAUACUUUUUACGUCAGCACUCCUUCGAACUAGAGCGGGGAGACAAUGACGAAAAAGAGGAUAGCCAGCGAAUCUCGUGCCGGGUGUGGCAGCGCCUAGCACUCGGUGUUCUUCUGGUGGACGACCAUUCGUACGCUGCCGUUUCGCCUUAAUUCCAGCGACGAGCGGCGCAAUGGAUGCCAGCACAGGCCAGGAUUCCAUCAACCGGGGAACGCAGCAGAUGACUCCCAGGGCACGGUAUGCGCUGGCUCUGCUGCCGGUGCUCAGAAUCAACUGGAUCGUCAUGCAACAGAAGCUGACUGCCGUGAAGCUGGCUUUCUCCUCCAGAAGGCCCCUUAACUGCUCGCGGAUUGAGCGCACAUUGGACCAAGCUUCAUACCUGAUCGACGACGUCAAGCACGCCAUGAGCGUGCUCCAGCAGGAGGUGGGUGACCUAGCAGCCAGGAACAGCGCCCUGAGACGCGAGAACGCGCUGCUCUUAGAAAGACUGAUCCGUACGCGCCAGGAGGCCCGCACGGUGGGAAGCCAUUCCAGAAUGUCCGCCCCAGUGUUCGACGAGGUCGGCUUGGCUCCAGAUGCAAGCUCGGGUUCAGCAACCACGGGUUCUUUUCAAGGAACUGCCAUCCAAGACGCCACCGCACCCACUGGGCCACCAGACGUGUUCACGCCAGAGUCUUCUUCCACUUCUCAGGGCUCUGGUGAGAGUGUUGAACCCCAUGACUAGCCGAGGAAGAUUGAGAGCAUGGGCAUGCACUCUUCGGUUGACGCGGACCCGUGACGCGUCGUGGACGAAGCUUUGAAAUGCCGUCAACUGAGGAAACUACGCGGGCAUCGAGGUGUGAACCGAAAUAAAG